CUCUUAUAUAUUUGUCCAUCUUCUUCGCCACAUAUUCUCAUUCUUCAUUUCUAUGUCCACGAAUUUUAUCGGAUCACAACUAUUCCUUUUAAAACCUGCUUUUUCUCACAACAAUCUCUCAACUUUCACCAUGGCCGCUUGUAUUCACUCUUCAAGAACCAAAACUCCUCCUACAAAUCCACUUUCUCGCGAUCCAAACAAGCCCCAAAUCGACAAUCAUGUCUAUAACUACGUUAAAUUCUGUCGACCCAGUUUCCCUGAGCUUGUUUCUUGCGCACCCAUUCCUGAAAAGAACUCCAAAAUCGGUCGUAACGAAGAGGAAGACGAUUUGUGGCUAAAAAUGAAAGAUGAGGCUAGAUCAGACAUUGAUCAAGAACCCAUUUUGUCUACUUACUACAUAACUUCAAUCUUGGCUCAUGAUUCUAUGGAAAGGGCUUUAGCUAAUCAUCUUUCAAUGAAAUUGAGUAAUUCAAGUCUUCCUAGCAGCACUUUGUAUGAUCUUUUCCUAGGGGUGCUCACAGAGGAUUGCUCACAAGAUAUAAUUAAAGCUGUUAUAGCUGAUUUAAGGGCAGUUAAAGAAAGGGACCCAGCUUGUAUUAGUUAUGUACACUGUUUCUUGAAUUUUAAAGGGUUUUUAGCAUGUCAAGCUCAUAGGAUUGCACAUAAAUUAUGGUCAAAUGGUAGGCAAAUUUUGGCACUUUUGAUACAAAACAGGGUAUCUGAAGUUUUUGCUGUCGACAUACAUCCUGGUGCUAAAAUUGGUAAAGGGAUUUUACUUGAUCAUGCUACUGGAGUUGUCGUUGGUGAAACUGCUGUGAUUGGAAAUAAUGUGUCAAUUUUGCAUAACGUGACAUUGGGUGGAACUGGCAAAAUAUCUGGGGAUAGACAUCCUAAAAUUGGUGAUGGGGUUUUAAUUGGUGCUGGAACUUGUGUUCUUGGAAAUGUUAUAAUUGAAGAUGGAGCUAAAAUUGGGGCAGGGUCCGUGGUGCUGAAGAAAGUUCCGGCGAGGACUACCGCCGUUGGGAAUCCGGCGAGGUUGCUCGGAGGGAAGGAAAAUCCAAAGAAACUUGAUAAGAUUCCUAGUUUGACCAUGGACCAUACAUAUGAGUGGUCUGAUUAUGUAAUUUAGAGUAAUAACAACUUUUACUUUGUUUACUACUGUUUUAGGUUUUUAUUAGAUUAGUGAAACGAAGGGAAUUCUUGGCGUAACGAUAAAGUUGCUGCUAUGUGAUUAGAAGGUUACGAGUUCGAACUGUAGAAACAACCUUUUGCAAAAAAUACGGGUAAGAUUGCGUACAAUAAACCCUUGUGGUCUGACCCUUCUUCAGUCCCGCGCAUAGCGGGAGUUUAUUGCACCAAAAUGUCAUUUUUAUUAGAUUAGUGAGAUGCCCCUCGAGGAAUUUUAGUUGCAGGGAGAAUAUUUCCUUGAGUGGAGAUGUUGUACAAGCCAUUUACUUCUAUGGUAACUGGUUUAUAUUAAGAGAUUAUUGUACUAGAUUUCUUGCUAGAGUAAACGGUUCAAAUGCAAUCUGACUAAGAUUGAGCUUCUUACAA